CGCUUGCGCAAUAGGGUGGCCGCUCCCGGCCGCGUGCAGCGCGAACCUCCGCGCAAGCGCCAAGGCUCGGGCAGUUGGCCGGCAUGCCACUGCGCAUGUGUAGCAACUACAAGGGUGGUUGCUGGGGUUGAGGCUUUCGAUUAACACCGCAGCCAAAGAGGAAGGUAAUGCUGUGCCUCUUUGUUGAGCCAAACCCACCCCCAGCUUUAUUAAUCUUCAAGCAAGUUCCCCACCAGCCACUUGCCUGAAAAUCCCGGCAACAAAGCUGUCCUCAGGAAUUGACCACAAGCCCAAGGAAUGCCUAGGACUCCUAGAAUUGGGGUUUUCCAGAGGCUACAUGGAUGUGACAUCACAACAGAUUGGACACAGGCCCCUGAUCAACCAGCCAAGCCAUUCAUCACUACUGUCCAGAACUCCAUGUAUACUCGACCUCAGGCCACUUCUGCCAUACAAAGUAAAUGACUGGCUAGGUGUGAUGCUCAAGGCUCUGGUCCGGGAAGGAUCUCCCUCCAUGGUGUCCUUUAAAGCCACCCCUGAGCUUCCAGGAUGUGCACACCAUGAUCUUCGUGGGCUUCGGCUUCCUCAUGGUCUUCCUGCAGCGCUACGGCUUCAGCAGCGUGGGCUUCACCUUCCUCUUGGCCGCCUUUGCCCUGCAAUGGUCCACACUCGUCCAGGGGUUCUUCCACUCCUUCCACGGUGGCCACAUCCAUGUAGGCAUAGAGAGACUGGGCCGGCUCAGCUGCUGCUCAUGGCCCUGCUGGAGGUGGUGCUAUUUGGCCUCAACGAGUUUGUGCUCCUUAGUCUCCUCGGGGUGAAGGAUGCAGGAGGUUCCAUGACUAUUCACACUUUUGGUGCCUACUUCGGGCUGGUCCUCUCCAGGGUCCUCUAUAGGCCCCAGCUGGAGAAGAGCAAGCAUCGCCAGGGCUCCGUCUACCAUUCGGACCUCUUUGCCAUGAUUGGGACCAUCUUCCUAUGGAUCUUCUGGCCUAGUUUCAACUCUGCACCCACUACGCUGGGGGAUGGGCAGCAUCGGACGGCUCUCAACACGUACUACUCCUUGACUGCCAGCACCCUUAGCACCUUCGCCUUGUCAGCCCUUGUCGGGAGGGAUGGGCGGCUGGACAUGGUCCACGUCCAGAAUGCCGCACUGGCCGGAGGGGUUGUGGUGGGGACAUCGGCUGAAAUGAUGCUGACACCCUUUGGGGCUCUGGUAGCUGGCUUCCUGGCUGGGACCGUCUCCACACUGGGGUACAAGUUCUUCACGCCCAUCCUUGAGUCAAAACUCAAAGUCCAAGACACAUGUGGUGUCCACAACCUCCAUGGGAUGCCUGGGGUCCUGGGAGCGCUCUUGGGGGUCCUUGUGGCUGGGCUGGCCACCCAUGAAGCUUACGGAGAUGGCCUAGAGAGCGUGUUUCCGCUCCUAGCCAAGGGCCAGCGCAGCGCGACGUCUCAGGCCAUGCACCAGCUCUUCGGACUGUUUGUCACACUGAUAUUUGCCUCUGUGGGUGGGAGCCUUGGAGGGCUCCUGCUGAGGCUGCCCUUCUUGGACUCCCCGCCAGACUCCCAGUGCUACGAGGACCAGAUUUACUGGGAGGUGCCUGGGGAGCAUGAGGACUUAGCCCAGGGACCUCUGAGGGCAGAGGAACCGGAGACUCGGGCCUAGCUUGCUUCCAGGCCUUGAAAGGAUGCUCUCCUUUUAGAAGAUGAUGGCUGGCUACCGUUGGGAAGCUUUUCUUUUCUAGUUCCCAUCACUUCUGCUGCAAGAAAGAAGACAGGAGCCGGAAGGAGCCUCCUCACCAUAGGCAACAUUGGGCGAGGGGCAGUAACUAGCGUGGUGAGGGGAGAGCCUCACACAGCCCCACCCCACCGCCCCACGCCCUGCAAGUGAGGCACCCAAGUGACUGCUGACCCACUGGACCAGCAUCACUCUGUUACAGUGAAGCCUGAGCCAGGGCCUGGCUCUCUGAGGGUGAUAAAUACCACGGUCACCGA